AUGAAGGUCUACGAGAAGGUCAAGAAUGACAUUAAGACCGAUGUCACCUGGAACCGGGUGUACCGGUAUGGUAUCCUUGGUGUCAAGGCUGCCCCAGAAGCGGCAGCUUUGUACGUCUUAGAGAAAUUCCCCAUCAUCGGAUGGCUCCCUCGUUAUGAUUAUCGAUGGCUCCUAAACGACUUCGUGGCGGGCUUGACUCUCGCUAUUAUGUUGAUCCCCCAGAGUCUGGCGUAUGCAAAGAUUGCCACGAUUUCAGUGCAGUGGGGUCUCAUGUCCUCAUGGCUGCCAGCCGUCAUUUACGCCUUCAUGGGCACUUCAAAAGACCUGUCGACUGGACCGACCUCACUUAUCGGCCUCCUUACCUCGGACGUUAUCUCAGAUCUCACAAAAGAGGGUUACACCCCAUCACAGGUAGCUUCCGCCGUAGCCCUGAUGAUGGGUGUAUAUGGAAUGGGCCUCGGGUUCUUGAAGUUGGGCUUCCUGCUCGAUUUCAUUUCCUACCCUGUCCUCACUGGUUUCAUUUCUGCUGCUGCCAUCACCAUCGGCUUGGGUCAGGUCGAUAAUCUCAUUGGUGAAGACAAUGUCGGCGAUGGUACCGCCAACAUCAUCCAUGAUGUUUUCUCCAACUUCAAUACCUGCAAUGGCCGCGCAGCCGGGGUCGGAUUCGCCGGCAUCAUUCUCCUGACCAUCCUGCAAAAGGCCGGUGAGAGAUGGGGCAGUAAGAACCGGAUAAUCUGGUUCUUGUCCAUCACUCGUGCUUUCAUCGCGCUCCUCUUGUUUACCGGCAUCAGCUAUGCAGUGAACAAGGGACGGGAUCCAGAUGAUUUCCUCUUCGAUGUAAGUGAGGUUCCCUCGACCAAAAUUGGCUCUCCCAGGCUGCCCAAUGGGUUUGACGGGAAACUCAUCGCCAAGGCCAGUGGUGGCAGUAUUGCUGCCUUCAUUGCGGCAGCUGUCGAACAUUUGGCCAUCGCUCGUGCUUUUGGCUUGAGAAACAACUAUGUCACAGAUGCCAGCCAGGAACUCUGCUACUUUGGAGUGACAAACUUCUUCAACAGCUUCUUUGGAGCUAUGGGUGUUGGCGGUGCCAUGUCUAGAACCGCCGUGAACUCCCAAUGCAAGGUCAAAUCUCCCUUGUCUGGCUUCAUCACCACCGGGUUCAUUGUGCUUUCCAUUUACAAAUUCACCGGUGCUCUGUACUGGAUUCCAAAAGCCACUCUCUCGGCCAUCAUCAUCACUGCCAUAUGGCCACUGAUUGGCUCUCCAAGGACUUACUAUCAUUUCUGGAAGACCUCACUUGCCGACUUCAUUGCUUCUAUGAUCUCUUUCUGGGUGUCUCUGUUUGUCAGCACCGAGAUAGGUAUUGCCAGUGCCGUGGCUUUCAACAUUGCCUAUUGUCUUCUUCGUCAGGUCUUCAAACGGAUUACCACUGUUGGUUCUGAUGCACGCUCAGAACUCGCGGCUUCCUUAGAUGCUGUUCGUGGAAUGCCUUCAGACAUUUCACCAGACACCCGCAUCUUCCGUUUCAAUGAGUCCUUCUUCUUCCCCAAUGUCAACCGCGUGAAGACUAUUAUCCUCGACACUAUUCAAACAUACCAUUCUCCGGAAUACAGCCAGUUGAAUGGCGAGGAGGCUGAUCGGAACUGGUCGGUUGAGGGGGAGAGGCGUGUGGCCCGUCUGCGAAGGAAGGCUAAAACCCGAGGCGUCAAUCUCCCCCUGCUUAGAGUUCUGGUGCUUGACUUCAGCAAGGUCAACUACUUUGACACAACUGCUGUCUUGGGCUUGAAGAACUUCUUCGUUGAACUCAAGAAGUAUGCAGGAGAGAAAGUGGAAGUUCGAUUCGUUGGCCUGGCCGAGAUGACGCGUGAGCGAUUCGAACGUGCGGGAUGGGUCCUUAUGGAUCCCGAUGCCUCCACUGAUGGCGUAUCGAUGACUUCAGUGCGAGUGUUUAGAAGUGUGGCUGAUGCGGUAUAUGCGUCCAGGCAGCCGGAGGAAGUCUGCGAAGUUGUUGUCAAGGGAGAUCCGGACGAAAGUCCCGCCUCGAUCUCUCACCGAGAGAAGAUGUAA